UAGGACUACCUCUCUAAUCUCUAUACACGCACAACUCUCCCUUCUCUCCCACCCAGCACCCACGCUUGAAACCUUUGACGCUUCGAUUUCUCAACAAGUUCCCAAUUCCCAAAUCCCUAAUCAUAUUAAUCCCUCUCAAACUCUAUUGGUCGAGCUCUAGCCAACGCCUCGUCUUCUGAUCCAAUUGAAAUGUUAACAGCACAGCCCCCAGAGAAUAAAUCAAGGAUGACUGAUAGAUAUUCUCCUUGUGCACUUCUCCUUCUCCAUAGAUCCAAGCCGAGAGAUUCAACAGAUUGUGAGAUAAAUGGAUCAAGAAGCUGGAGAUUUGAAUCAAAAGUCAUAUGAUCCUUCUGUAAUUCAACCUAGCUCUGACCCCAAUGGCACACAAGCAGGCCCAUCCCAAAUGCCUGUUGCAGUAGAGGUGCAGAAUCAGUUUGGAAAUGGAACCAACGAUAAUGAUGGCAAUGAGGUGGCUAACAAUGCCAAAGGCGGGAAUGAAGGGAAAGUCUAUUCUGAAUGGUGGGCUCAUUAUGACAAACUGGAAGUUAACAAGGUUAAGAAGGCAAAAUGCAAAUACUGCAAGCGCUUAAUGGUUGGAGAUCCGAAGCAGGGAACAAGCCAUCUGAAGAAGCAUUAUGAAAGAUGCCCCAAACGCAAGGUUCCUGUGGAUAUAAGGCAGCAGCUCUUACAAGCCAAUUCCAACAAGGAGAAAUUUCAGCUUUCCCCAUUCAACUUUGAUCAGCAAAAUUCUCGGAAAGAGCUUGCAAAGGCGAUUAUAAAGCAUGAGUACUCUCUUUCUAUUGUUGAUCAUGAAGGUUUUAGGAGUUUUGUUGCAAGCUUGAACCCGUUGUUCAAGAUGGUAUGUAGAAACACCAUCAAGAAGGACUGUCUCACAAUCUAUGACCUUGAAAGAGACGCGAUGAUGCAACUUCUGGACAAAAAUGAAGGUCGUGUGGCCUUAACGACUGAUAUGUGGACAUCAACUUCGCAAAAGAAAGGAUUCAUGGUCGUCACAGCUCAUUAUGUCGACAAUAAUUGGAAGCUACAAAGUCGAAUCAUUGGGUUCAUAUAUUUGCCAGCACCACAUACCAGUGAUGUUCUUGCCGAAGCAUUGUGGGAUUGUAUGACGCAAUGGAAUGUUGACAGCAAGUUAUCUGCUAUCACAGUGGAUAAUUGCUCAACUAAUGAUGCAAUGAUGUCGCAAUUGUUGGAGAAACUUCCAUUUGAGUCUCUUCAACUUGGAGGUAUGAUGAUUCAUAUGCGAUGUUCAGCACAUAUACUGAAUUUGAUUGUGAAAAAUGGGCUGAAGGUGAUUGAGCCGGCAAUUGAGAAGAUUCGAAGUAGUGUCCAAUUCUGGUUGGGGACGCCAAAAAGAUGGGAGAGGUUUGUGAUUGCUGCUCGUCAAUUACGUACUAAGUUUUCUAAGAAGCUAAUCCUUGAUUGCGAUACACGUUGGAAUUCAACUUACAUGAUGCUAGCUACUGCUCUCAAAUAUAAAGAGGUUUUUGCUAGGAUGAAGAAUCUUGAACCAAAAUAUAAAUGCUUGCCAACUGAAUCUGAGUGGAAGUUGACUAAGGAAAUCUGUGAUAAGCUUGAUAUAUUCCAUAAGGCCACUCAAGUUUUCUCUGGCACGAAGUAUCCUACUGCAAACUUGUUCUUUCCUAUUAUUUGUGAGAUUAAGCUGGCUUUGAAACAAUGGGUUGAUUGUGGUAUUGAAGUCAUUGAGUUGAUGUCCUUGGAAAUGAUAGAAAAAUAUGAUAAGUAUUGGUCAGAGGUGCAUAUCUUGAUGGGGGUGGCUGCCGUUUUUGAUCCAAGAUACAAGACUGAGGUAUUCAAAUGCUACUUUCCUCAUAUUUAUCACGAUAGUAGCUCAAUUGAGAUAGAGAGGAUAGUUGGGGUAUGUCGUCGAUUGAUUGUGGAGUAUGAGAAGAAAGAAAAGGAAGAGGAAGAAAUGAAUACUGAUGGUCAGAGUGUGCAAUCCUCAAAGGGCAGUCAAGUGUCAUUUUGUUUUAGAUUUGAUGCUUAUGCUGCCCAAAAGAAAAGGAAACAGCCUGAGAGAUCGGAACUCGAUGCUUAUUUGGAUGAUGGAAUUAUAAGAGAUGCAUCUGAUUUAGAUGUGUUGAGUUGGUGGAAAUCAAAUAAGGGAAAAUAUCCUGUCUUGCACAAGGUUGCUAGAGAUUUUCUCUCUAUUCCAGCUUCUACUGUAGCUUCAGAGUCAGCUUUUAGCACAAGUGGGAGGGUCAUUGGCCCUCAUCGCAGUAGGCUUGCCCCAGAGACCGUAGAAGCCCUAAUGUGUGCGCAAAAUUGGUUAUUGGCAAGUUCAAAAGGGGAUCCAUCAAAAAGGCACUCACUUUCAACAGUUUUGGAUGAUUCAGAGGAUGAGCUAGAAGACACAGCUGAGGAACUUGAGACUGGAACAGCUUGAGCAAGUGGUGUUGGAGUUUGAAGUCUGCAGACUGAAGGUCUUAAGGAACUUAUAUAAUGGAUUUUGCAGAUUGCAGCAGCUUGCACCAAUAGUGAUGCAGCCUACAGAAGUGAAAUUUGAACUUUGAAGUUAAAUUCUGGAGUUUGCAGACUGCAGCAGCUUGAAUAUGAAGUGCUUAAUUCUAUUGUUAUAAUUUGAUGUGGAUUUAUGGUGAAUGAAGAUGCAGUUUGCAGUAGGCUGAUAUACUCUAUCUAGUUUAAGUUUUGGGGAGAUAUUAGCAUUUAACUUGAAAGCUGAUGCAUCAAGCUG